CCCCGUAGGGCAACAAGGAUGGGUAGAAUUAACCGUGCAGAUUGCUGCCCUCAAGAAUAUCUAUCCGAAUUGUCAGUUAUUGGGGCUCGCUUUAUUCUCCCGGGUGUGGCGCUUAGGGUCACUCCGUGAGGGGGCUCCGGACUGGCCAGGCCCAUGAAGGAGAGCGUCUCCGGUGAUCACAAGCAAGACUAGGAAGGAAUGUUGACCAGGGAGCACCCCUGCGGCCGAACAGAGAGAGGAGCAGGAACCUGAGCCCGGGCUGAGUCCGAAAAAAAAAAGCCGGAUCCUGACGGGGGGCUUCGGAAGCCUUGGAAGAAGAAGAUGGAGGAGCCAGGGAAAGCUGCCCACAGUGGCCACUCGCUUCCCCCCGUGUACAUCUAUAGUCCAGAAUAUAUCCGCAUGUGCGACUCCCUGGCCAAAGUCCCCAAACGGGCCAGUAUGGUACAUUCUUUGAUUGAAGCAUAUUCACUGCAUAAGCAAAUGAGGAUAGUUAAACCCAAAGUGGCCUCCAUGGAGGAGAUGGCCACCUUCCACACCGACGCCUAUCUGCAGCAUCUCCAGAAGGUCAGCCAGGAAGGAGACGAUGACCAUCCGGACUCCAUAGAAUAUGGACUAGGUUAUGACUGCCCAGCCACUGAAGGAAUCUUUGACUACGCAGCAGCUGUAGGAGGGGCUACAAUCACAGCCGCCCAGUGCCUGAUUGAUGGAAUGUGCAAAGUCGCCAUUAACUGGUCCGGAGGGUGGCACCAUGCAAAGAAAGAUGAAGCAUCUGGUUUUUGUUAUCUCAAUGAUGCUGUCCUGGGAAUAUUGCGACUGAGAAGGAAAUUUGACCGUAUUCUCUAUGUGGAUUUGGAUCUACACCACGGAGAUGGUGUAGAAGAUGCUUUCAGUUUCACCUCCAAAGUUAUGACGGUGUCCCUGCACAAAUUCUCCCCAGGAUUUUUUCCAGGAACAGGUGAUGUGUCUGAUGUUGGCCUAGGAAAAGGACGAUACUACAGUGUAAAUGUGCCGAUUCAGGAUGGCAUACGGGAUGAAAAAUAUUACCACAUAUGUGAAAGUGUGCUCAAGGAGGUAUACGUAGCUUUCAAUCCCAAAGCAGUGGUCUUACAGCUGGGAGCUGAUACAAUAGCCGGGGAUCCUAUGUGCUCCUUUAACAUGACUCCAGUGGGAAUUGGCAAGUGUCUUAAGUACAUCCUUCAGUGGCAAUUGGCAACACUCAUUUUGGGAGGAGGAGGCUAUAACCUUGCCAAUACAGCUCGAUGCUGGACAUACUUGACCGGGGUCAUCCUAGGGAAAACACUAUCCUCUGAGAUCCCAGAUCAUGAGUUUUUCACAGCAUAUGGUCCUGAUUAUGUGCUAGAAAUCACGCCAAGCUGCCGGCCAGACCGCAACGAACCCCACCAAGUCCAGCAAAUCCUUAACUACAUCAAAGGGAAUCUGAAGCAUGUGGUCUAGUUGACAAAAAGAGAUCAGGUUUCGAGCUUCGAGGAGCAGUGCCUGUAAUGAAGACAGCGUGUUUAUGUGAGCAGAGUGUGGAAUUUGUGACUGCAGGGGAAAUUUGGAAGAAAUUACUUCCUGAAAAUUUACAAGGGACACCAAGUGGCCGCUGGCCUCCUGGGGUGAGGAAGGCAGACACCCCAGAGGCCUCAAGUCAGCCUAGGGGAAGAAGGAGAUUUCCAACAUUUUAAAGUGCUUAUUUUUUAAAAACACAUACACAUGUCAUUUUUAACCUUUGAAAGUUAUUAUUUUCCUAAGGAAAACUGAUCAGAUGUCGGAGGGGGAUUUAUGAUUUGUGAUCACCAGCUUAUGAAGUUUGGGGUAUCUGAUGGUAGGUUUGGGGCCCCAGGACAACCCAGGGGAGUCCUGAGGGGAGGGCAACAGAAUGAGAAGUACAGAAAAAGCCACUUGUACUGUUUUUAGAAUUACGGAUCUAUUUUGUUUUAUACUAAAAUCUUUGAAAACAGACAUGUUUGUCCCAUUGUCCUCAUUACAAAGUACCACACCAUUCUUAACAUUUCUCUUCCUAGAAGUUUCCAGAAUAAUCCCGUGGCUUCUGUGUUCUGCUUAGAUUGAGUCUGGAAGGCAAUUCUGAGUGCUGAUACCUUAGUCUGUAGCCUAAGUGCUAGGCGCACAACUUCAAGCUCUGUCUGACAUAGAGAUCUGUCCAGGGCUCAUAGAAACAUAGGCACAGCAACCAAGAGAAGUUCUCCCUGCUGGGGACAAAUUCUGGGAGCAUAGGGCAGAUGGCCUAUCAGAUGGAAGAGGCAGUUGCAUGGAAUUUGAGGGUAACUGUCAAAUGUAACACCAUUAGUUCACCUAAGAAAAUGAGAUCCAUAAGUCAUGUUUCUUGGUUCUUUAUCAAAUAAAAAUUCUUUUUUUAAAAAAAAAGGAAGAAGAAGAAAUGA